AGUGAAAAUGCAUACUUCCAACUUGUACCUGCACUCACUCCAAAUCACAUUCUCCCCUCUUCCCUCUGGUUUUAAUUCCGCACCACCGACACAGUUCCGUGGCAGUUGAGCGUUGGGAUAAAUGAGAGAAAGCAUUAAGAUCACAAGUUGGGUGAUCUGUUUAACUACGCACCAUAUUUCUUGCUUUUUCACUGAAUCGCCAGUCACCGUUCUCCCAGCUCAUCUGAACUAAGCUGCGGAUCCAAGCAAGUAAUCGUUCUCCAAUGGCAGACGGAGCAUUCUCAGGCUUGAGACGCGCGUACCUCGCGCUUUACAAUUGGGCCGUCUUUAUGGGAUGGGUUCAAGUGUUUUAUCUCUCUGUGAAGACUCUCGGAGAGUCUGGGCACGAACAUGUCUACCGAGCAGUUGAAAAGCCUCUGCUUUUUGCUCAAACUGCCGCCUUAUUGGAGAUACUUCAUGGUUUAGUAGGACUUGUGAGAUCUCCAAUUUCAGCAACAUUUCCACAGAUAAGCUCAAGAAUAUAUGUUACUUGGGGGAUUUUAUAUAGCUUCCCCGAGGUUCAGACCCAUGUAUUUGUUAGUUCUCUAGUCAUUAGCUGGUCCAUUACAGAGAUUAUCCGAUAUUCGUUCUUUGGCACAAAGGAGACAUUUGGAUCUGCACCUUCAUGGCUCUUGUGGCUUAGGUAUAGCACCUUCAUCUUGCUGUAUCCAAGUGGCAUCACAAGCGAAGUUGGUUUAAUAUACAAAUCACUUCUUUACAUCAAGGAAUCUGGAAAGUAUUCACUAUGGAUGCCAAACAGAUUGAACUUUUCUUUUGACUACUACUACCUGGCACUUGUUGUCCUUGCCAUCUAUGUUCCAGGUAGCCCUCACAUGUACAACUACAUGCUUGGGCAAAGGAAGAAAGCACUCAGUAGAACAAAACAGGCUUAGAUUGUGUACUUAUGAUUGUAUGGUUAGAUAUGGAAUAAUGGAUUUUCAUUUCACUUAUUCUUGAACUAUACUAAAACAUAUUCAUCUAUCCCAAUUUCUUAUGUUUGUUUUCUUUCUUUUUUAUGCCUUAAUUUAUUGUGCAUGAGUUCAUAUUGUUGCUCUCUCUUUUUCUCAUAUCCUUGUCCUUGUCUUCAAAUAUAAAAAAUUAAAUUUUCCUUUUAUUC